AGCGCGAUCUCUUCCGCCAACUGCCCCUGGGAACAAGAUGGCCGGCCGGCGGAUGUGACGCAACACGCCCGAGCGUUCUACGCUGCGCCGGUGGCCAAUCAGAGACGCCCAGACUGGUCGCUGCUGAUUGAUUCUUUCAAAUAGUGCUUGACGGAUAAAUCUGCACUUUUGCUUCAACGAAACUUGACAAUGGAAGAAAAAAACACACAGUGCGAAAGUGAAAGUGAAGUUGAAAUUCCCAGAGUGCCAGUAAUUACUUUUGACCCUCAAUUAUACAUACAGCGGUACCAGUUCGUUACAGAUUUAGUGGAUAAGUAUCAACUCAAGAAGGUUGCAGACCUGGGAUGUGGUGAUGCUGUACUCCUAAGGCAUUUAAAAAUGUAUCCAUGCGUUCAAGUGCUUGUUGGAGUAGAUAUCAUGAGAGAGCACACUUUACAAUGGAUUGGGUAUAACCUGAGUCCCUUAGUGGCGGAUUAUGUGAUGCCCCGGGAUCUGGAUUUGACUGUUACAUUGUAUCAAGGCUCUGUUGUGGAGAAAGACUCUCGUUUGCUUGGAUUCGACUUGAUAACGUGUAUUGAAUUAAUAGAACAUUUGAAUUCAGACGAUCUGGCCAGAUUUCCUGAAGUGGUAUUUGGAUACCUGUCUCCAUCCAUGGUCAUCAUCAGCACACCAAACUCUGAAUUCAAUCCCCUAUUUGAAGUAAAGACUGUAAGAAAUUCAGAUCAUAAAUUCGAGUGGAGUAGGAAGGAAUUCCAGAGCUGGGCUUUAGGUGUGGCAAAGACCUAUAAUUACUCUGUGGAGUUCACUGGUGUGGGAGAACCACCAGCUGGGUCUGAGAGUGUUGGAUUCUGUACGCAGAUUGGCCUCUUCCGGAAAAACGGGGGAAAGGCAGCCGAGUUAUGUGUUUCAGACCAGCCUGAUCAGCAUGUUUAUAACCCUGUUUAUACAGUCAAAUACCCAAGUUUGCAGCAGGAUAAGUACCUCAAAAAGGUGCUGUCUCAGAAAGUGUUGCAAGAAGUGUACAAGUCAAGAGCAACAUACCUGCUCCCGCUUAAGGAACAGGAGGAGGGCAAGGAACCGCCCCCCCUUAGUUGGUUUACAUAUGAACCACCCCUCUCAAAAGAUGAAAAAGCUAGGGUAGCGGCGUCUCCGAAACCCUUCAGUGUUGAAGAUAAGUUCUUUGUGCCCUUGCAAAGGCUCCUUGCUUAUCCCCGUUUGAACCAGUUAGUAGGUGGUAGUGAAGAAAGGAUGAGGUCACUCCUUGCUUCCGAAGUAACUUUGAGCAGUGAUGGUUCUGCAGUGGAGAUUGUCCUGCACGAUCCACCUGAUGUCCCUUAUGAUGAUGAUGAUGAUGAUUAUCCUGAUGAUUAUCCUGACGUUCCCGAUCAUCCUGACGAUCCCGAUCAUGACGAUCCUCAUCAUGAUCCCGAUCAUCAUGAUCCCGAUCAUCCUGGUGAUCCUGAUCAUCCUCCUGAUGAUUGUUGGGAUCUGUGAGCUAUCCUUAUUUCUUGUGAUGGUGGGGAUCACUUAGAAUUUCGUUUAAACUUCUUAAGUAGCUGUAAUUCAAGUAAUGUUUUUAAAAUUUUAACAUGGAUGUCCAAGUUUCAAGCUGCUGGGCAAAUCUUGGCAUACAGCCAGACUGCAGUAAGCCCCGAGAAAGAUGAGGGUUUAACAGGGGUGUGCUUUCUUUUGAAACUGGACAUUUUCUUUGAUUUUUUUUUUCAAGAAUAAAGUAGUUGUAUA